AAAAAUAAAUAAAUAUUAAAAAUUCCAACCCAACGUCGUUUGUGGGUGGGUGUAUUGUGUAUUCGCGUAGCAAAUUUUCGGCCCGACUGCGGCGAUUGUUGUUGCGACAUUCGCGCAAGGAAAUGUCAAAAUGAAAGUUGCUCUGUGUGUUUGCCCUCUGCGGUGCGACUUGGGUUUGACUUUGCUGCUGUGAUUGUGUGCGUGUUGUGGUGGCCAGCGGCAGCGGUCGAAUAAAAACACAAAAGAUUUCGACGGACGGAAUGCGAGAAGCCCCCUCUCCCUGCUGUGCAUGCAUACAAAACAUACAAUACUCGUAUGCGGAUUUUGCCUGCCAGCAGCAGCAGCAACAAUUUGGCACGCGCAAUUUGACACGCGGAUGCACCUUAAUCGGCGCAAAGUAGGCUGUGACGCGGAGUUCCACCUGUGUGGUGCGCGCGCAGCAUAAAUCGAGCGUCGCGACGCCACCACCACCGUCGUCGUCGCUGAUUAAGGAGAAGGUCGCUGACUUAUCCAGCUGAGUGUGAAGUUUUUCCAAGUGCCUGCCGGUUAAGGGGAAGUUGUGUGCAUGAGAAAGUGCUGUGCGGUGGACUUGAGGAAAAUUUGAGAUUUGUGCGAAAACACGAAGAAGGGGUGUUAACGAGGAAUCGUUAAGGUGCAAGUUACCUUUAGGCUUGCGAGCAGUGGAAGAAAAGCUGGUGGAUCAUAAAAUUCAAUGAAUGCGUUUUGCUAAUGAUCGAAAGAGCAUUUUAAAGAGUGUGCAGGGCAUGUGCAGCAUAAGCAGCAUAGUUGUGGCUAUUUUGUAACGUCGUCCAUUUUUCGCUGAUCGAAAAAAAAGAAAAAACAAGAAGAAAAGCUUUGCAGAUUUUUUACAGAAAGUGAAAAGUGCAGUGCAAAUGUUGAUGUUUCAGUACAACCGGCUGACGACGCCGAUUUAGUCGGCAGUUUUCGGGGUAAAAUUGAUGAAAGUGAAAUUUUCGUGGGCUUUGGCCGCAAAGCAACAAGACACAUAACCUACAGAAACAACAGAAGAAGCAGUCGUCGACUUGGCGUGGACUAUGGAUCGGAAUUUGACGACCAGCAAUGAGUAACGGCACGGCAGCGGCCAACGGAGCUGGCGGAGGAGGAGGUGGAGGAGGAGGAGCUACGGACGCCGAAAGUUUGCCCACCUGGCGGUUGUGGGGCGAGGAGCGCGAAAAGGACGCCAUCUACACCGUGUACCUGAAGAAGGUCCGCUACCACCGGCCGACGCCGAGCGCCAGCAGUCAAGACUCCGACGAUGAGAUCUCCCACCUGGAGUGGGAAACGGUCCGGGUGCGGUUCGUCAAGGCGGCCACCCUGUCCCGGCUGGUGGACGCCCUGACGACGGACGACGGCGAGCUGGAGAGUACGUUCGUGAACGUGUUUCUCACCACGUACCGGACCUUUUCGCAGCCGGAGAAGGUGCUCGAACUGCUGCUGAACCGGUACGAGCGGUUGCACUCGGAACCGGCGGCGCUGCUGCCGGCGUCGGAAUCGCUGACCGAUCAGCACAAGAAAACUCUAGUCUCCGUCCUUCACGUCUGGCUGGAUGGAUUCCCCGAGGACUGGGACACGGAAAACUUGCAAAGGCUUCUGGCGUUCACCUCGAAGCGGCUGCCAAACUCGGAAAUCCACGUGAAAGCUUUACAUAGGUAUACGAAUAGGUUAGAUAAGUACAGUAGGAUACCACCGCCGUUGCCAUGGUCCAACGAUUACCACGACCAGUUCGCGGACCAGUUCGGGGGCCUGUGCCUGACGCCGGCCUUCCGCGGGCCUCCGUCGCACCUGCUGAACUCGUACCGCUUCCCGAACAUCCCCGUGAAGCACUUUGCCGAGCAGCUGACGCGGAUGGACAUGGAGCUGUUCAAGCGACUCGUCCCGCACCAGUGUCUCGGUUCGAUCUGGUCCAACCGGGACAAGCACGAGUGCGGCUCGGUGCUGGCGACCGUGACGCAGUUCAACGCGGUUUCCUUCAGGGUCAUUUCCAGUGUGCUGAUUGAGCCCCGGUUGAAACCGCAGGAACGCGCCCUUCUCAUCUCAACCUGGAUCGACAUCGCCCAGGAGUUGCGACUGCUGAAGAACUUCUCCUCCCUCAAAGCGAUCAUCUCCGGGCUCCAGUCGAACGCCGUCUAUCGGCUGUCCAAAACCUGGGCCGUAAUGCCACGGGAAAAGCUCGAACUGUACUCCGAGCUGGCCCGGAUAUUCUCCGAGGAUAACAACGCGUGGGCCCAGCGGGAGGUCCUGAUGCGCGAAGGAACUGCCAAGUUUGCCGAUACGGUCGGCGAGAACGAUCGCCACCUGCAGAAAGUGUUCCAGAAACAAAACACCCUCAUCAGCCACGGCACGAUCCCCUACCUCGGGACGUUCCUGACCGAUCUAACCAUGAUUCAUGCUGCCAUCCCGGACACCCUGCAGGAGGGACUGAUCAACUUUGACAAGCGGAGGAAAGAGUUUGAGGUGCUGGCGCAGAUCAAGCUGCUGCAGGGGGCCGCCAAUACGUACCACCUGCCGGAAGAUCCGCUGUUUGAUCGGUGGUUUGCCUCGCUGCUGGUGCUGGACGAGCGGGAAGCGCACACGCUGAGCUGUCAGCUGGAGUCGCCGCCGGAGCCGAUCAGGAGGCCGGGCCACCAGGGACACAAGAAGAGCGACUCGAUUGCGUCGAACAGCAGCAGUGGGGCGGGCUCGCAGUUUUACUGUGAUAUCAACAAUGCGUCGAAUCAGAGCUACAGCUCCCGCAACAACUCCCUGGACCGGGACGUGACCCCACCGAACGCGUCGAUCCUGUCCGCCGCCAGCAGCGUGUCGUCCCUGUCGAUGGAAUCGACCACCUCGAGCAGUCAAAAGUCCAACAACCACCUAAACGGAUCUGGCCUCAUCCGGACGCCGCAAUCCAACCGGGCCCACCACAACGGCAGCAACUCGUCGUCCGCCACGAAAAACGGCCACGACGUGCCGAUCAUCAACGGCCAGCUGAAGGACGAUUCGCCGCUGAAGAAGAGUUCGCCCGAUUUCUACAUCAUUAAAGUUACCUUCGAGACGGACCAGGUCGAGCUGGACGGAAUCGUGCUGUACAAAAGUAUUAUGCUGGGCAACAACGAGCGCACGCCCCAGGUCAUCCGGAACGCGAUGCUCAAGCUGGGCCUGGAGGGUGAUCCGGAGCGGUACACGCUGUCCCAGGUGCUGCCGGACAAGGAGCUGCUGUUGCCCAACAAUGCCAACGUGUACUACGCUGUCAAUACGGCGUACAACCUUAACUUUAUCUUGAGGCCAAAAAAGGACGGAGAGAGUGGGCGGUAGGCGCGAGUUUUCGUGCAAACAAAGGGAAAAACCAUUUAAUUCUGUGUAAAUAUAUUUAUUUAUGAAAACCCCGUUCUCGAAUGUUAGGAAUCUCAAGGUCAACAGAUAUUUAUCGGAACCAAUCGUGACUCGAAGUUCUUUACAAACAAAUCUUAAACCUUAACCAGAUUUUAGCCACGAGGAGCGUAAUUGUGCAGAUAAGUUUUAGACCCUUAUACUAUACAACAACAACAACACAUACACUAGAAUGUACUAACAAAAGGACUUGAAAGGCGUAACAACAUCACAAGAGAAAUCUAGAAGAGAAAACAAUAUCAUGUAUUAUCACACACACACAUCACACACGAAGAGUACUGAAAACGCAGGAGCUUUGUAAACCUACUGACUAAACACACCUAAUGAACCCUCGGAAUUGUGAACCAACAACACUGUUGAACUCGUUUUUAGUGAAUUGAUAGGAUUCGACCGAGUCCUAGACCGUGUAGACAGUAGACUAAUAGGAGUAGUAGGAAGUGAAGGAAUUUAUACCUGGAAAAUAUAGUUCCACUGGAAUGGUAAUCUAAACAAAAAAGU